AAACAGAACCACGGCCCGGCUCAUUGACGACUCCAUAGCCGAAGAAGAAGUGAUUCAGCUACUACCAUACCACCUGUAAGUGAUUUGUGUGCAGAACAUCCGAUUUUCUGAAAAGUUCGAUUUCAACUUCGGUUUCAAUUUCGAAUUUCUCUCUAAUUGAAAGGAUUAUCAUGGGGCACAAUCAUACGCCCCCGGCAUCUGUAGGUUGUGAAGCUGAAGGAAUUCCCUCUGAAAGUGGAGUAGACAGAUUUAGCGAUCUUCCGGACGAAGUUGCUCAUCAUAUUCUUUCCUUGCUUAAUUUCAGAGACCUCACUCGAGUGGGUGCUCUGUCCAAAAGAUGCAGACAAUUUCAUCUCUCAGUUCCGGUAGUGGAUUUUGGUACAGUUUGGUGGAAAGAUGUAAAACAAGUGGAUCUAGCGAGGCUGGUGACUUCUUUUGAUAGAUUCUUGCAUCUUCGUGGACAUAACAGGAUGCAACGAGUCCGCAUCGGCUUGAGAUUCUCUACAAGCGAAGAAGAGAAGAAAGUUUCUGAUGAUCUUUCUCAAGUGGUACUCAACUGGAUUCGUACUGCAGUGAGGUGUAAUGUUGAAGAGCUUGAUCUCUUUUUCGUACACUCUGUUACCAGUACGUUUUCGUUGCCAUCUUCCAUCUUCCAUUCUCAAUCCUUGCGCUCUCUAUCGGUGUCCAUGGAUAUAAUCAAGUCACCGGUUGUUGAAGCGCCGUCUCUAUACUUUUCUAGUAAUCUGCGUUACUUAUCAUUGAGUUAUGUUAAAAUAGUAGAUGAGAGUAUUUUCAAAUGGAUCUCAUGCUGCUGCAAAUGCCUCAAGGAGUUACUUCUUAGUUCUAUCGAAGGCGUACAAAAUAUCUCCAUUGAAAGUUCGUCUUUGGAAUCCUUCUCUUUUUUCAAUUAUGGCGACGUCCAUCUCGGUAUAUCUGGUGAGAAACUUGAAAAUAUAGUUAUGGCAUGGAGUGGUUGCUAUGUACCAACAAGUUUAAAAAGCAGCACAUCAUUGAAGAUAUUUGCUCCAAAUCUUAAAAAUCUGAAAUGGGACGGCAAUUUAAGAAAUAGCCAAGAUCUGGGAAAAUUAAAGAGUUUGGAAAGAGUUGAGAUUUGUUUAAAGCCUCAGAAAAAUGAGUUUGGCAAAUUAGUUGAGGUUCUUUGCAGUAUAUGCUCGGCAAAAGUUCUUAUUAUACACGCGAAGACCAUUAAGGCUCUGUACAAGGAAGGCUCCACACCAACACUAAUAUUGGAUAAUAUUUGUAACUUGAGUAUACAUUGUGAGAGUUUGAAUAACAAGCUUGUACCUGCAUUGGUCUCUCUUCUUCGGAGAAUGCCUAAUUUGAAUAUUUUGUGCAUAAAGACUAGGUGUGAGAACUUGAUUCCGAGAACAGCAAGUCGCUUUGGUAAUGAAUACUGGGAACGGCAAAACCUAGCUUUCAUUCAUCAGCUUAAGGAGGUAAGCAUAGAGAAUUCCUAUGGAUCUAAUGAAAUCGAGUUUGCAAGAUAUAUUCUCGAGCAUGCUCAAAAUUUGAAGAAAAUGGUCAUUGUUCAUCGGGAUGAUGACGCUCCAUCGAAAGUUGCUGGGAUGGUGAGUAGGAGCAAGAUGAUUUCCACUGCCUCGGUUCUCAUUCGGCAGGAUCCACACCAGAUUUACAAAUUUCGUGGUCGGGGAUCCUGCGAUUCAUACUGGGGACCGGAUAUAUUGAAAUCUGGGAUAGUGACUCUGAGAUCUUCGAUAGCGACUCAGAGUUCAAUGUUUUAGCAAACAAGAGGUUUGUUUGGGAUCGAAAAGGAAGAAUGUUUAUUUAUUUUUAAAAUAAAAAAACAAUAUGUAUGUCCUUAACAGUUUGGACGAGUAGAAAUUAAACUCAAGAUGCAACUAAGAAUCAGUUUUUGAAAUCAAACUCAAGAUUGGAUUACA